GGCAGGUUGGUGAUACUCUUGUGAAUGGGGUGCCAUUGCCAAGCUUUCCGAGGAGAAGCCCAGAGCUUGCAUGCUUGGAUCCUUGCUCUCUGCUGGAUUCAAGCUCUAAUUGCCAUCGCUGCUGGCUUUCAAGUGAGGAUUUCCGUGGAUCACUUUGCCGCGGGUUUGACGGAAGGAUCUUCCUGGCUGCAGCUCUGCAGUUCGACCAUCGCGUCACUUGGAAAGGCAAGGAUCUCAGAUCUAAAAUCUGAACCACUCUUGGGUUCUUGACAGAGGUGACAGUCGAAGACAGCAGCAGUUGCUUGCGUUGAUCCACAACUGACCUACCGGUACGCAUUAGUAUCUUCAGCAAUGGUCUGCAACGAAGACGAGGAAGUGGAGGGACCUCUUGUGGACACUGGGCUGCUGUCCAAUCCCAAGCCAAAGCGCAAGAAGAAAAAGAAGAAAAAGAAGGCAUCCUCUUCUUCCGCCCCGUCCAAAACGCCAACUUUUCGAGGCGUCAACCCAGAGUGCUUUACAGACAUUUACUUGAAAUACGAUGAGCAAACCGACCCUCCAACCGUUCCCGUCACUGUUGCUCCCGAAGGGGAAGUCUUCCCUUACGAGAACAGAGCGUCCUUUGGGGAUUCCCCAGCCGAAAUCCGAGCACGUGAGCGUCUUCAAGAAGAUGUGGUGAAUACCUUUCGUCAGGCAGCCGAAGUGCACCGCCAAGUACGUGGUUUUGUGCAAACACACCUCAUUCGACCUGGAGUCGAACUGUCGGAUCUUUGCAACCAGUUGGAAAACAAGACCCGUGAAUUGGUCCAAGAACGUGGGUGGUUGGAACGCGGCAUCGCCUUUCCCACGGGUUGCUCCAUCAACCAUGUUGCAGCUCAUUACACUCCCAACCCCGGAGACGAUCCGGUCGUUUUGCAGUAUGACGAUGUCAUGAAGCUCGAUUUUGGUGUGCAGAUUAAUGGUCGCAUCAUUGACAGUGCUUGGACUGUUGCCUUCAACCCGAUGUACGAUAAUCUCCUCAUGGCUGUCAAAGAGGCAACCAACAUGGGGUUGAGCCAUGCGGGUGUUGACGCUCGGAUUUGCGACAUUGGAGAAGCCAUCCAGGAGACCAUGGAAAGUUACGAGGUGGAAAUUCAUGGCAAAACCCAUCCAGUCAAAGCCAUCCGAAACCUCAAUGGACAUUCCAUCGAGCAAUACCGCAUCCACGGCAAGCACUACAUUCCGUGCAUCAAGGACGGAGUCGAUGAAUCAGCUGUAAUGGAAGAGGGCGACGUCUAUGCCAUUGAAACGUUUGGAUCGACAGGCCGUGGCUAUGUCGUGGACGGCAUGGAAUGCAGCCACUACAUGAAAGCCUUUGACGCUGGUCAUGUCCCAUUGAGGAUGCAAAGCUCUCGUCGAUUGUUGUCGCAUAUCAAUCGUACAUUUGGAACCUUGGCAUUUUGUCGCCGUUGGUUAGAACGAGAGGAUGGUGGAUCCUUUCAUGUUCAUGGCGACAAUGGAAAGCAGACUAAAUAUGUUGGAGCUUUGAAGAACCUCUGUGACGUAGGUAUUCUUCAGCCUUGUCCGCCAUUGCUUGACGUGCCAGGUAGCUACACUGCUCAGUAUGAGCACACUCUCAUCUUGAAGCCCACUGGCAAAGAGAUUCUGAGCCGCGGGGACGACUAUUAGGCCCUCGAUACCGGCAUGAGAUAUUGCAAAUGCCCUCUGCGCAAAUGAAGCUUCGAGGGUUCUGCAUGUAGUAACAUAAAAUCAGAUGGUGGAUCACUAUCGAAGUUAGGCCUUGUGGUUAGUUAAAUAUGUUAAAUAGCUCAACCUGCUUGUAGCUUUUG